GUUGCCAUAAAAAAAGCUGCCACCUGUAAUGGCCCGCGCAUGUUUGCAAUGCACGCUCCUUUGCGACGAUUCUGCAGCAGAGCGCUGCAGCCUUUGCGGGGGUGAGCUCGCCAAACCCUUCGCAAGGAGCUUGAGCAGUUCGGCCUACAUCGAUUUGGAUGAAGAUUCGCAGCCUGGAGGUGAGCCUGCGAAGCCUGCGCCGCAGCCUGCGACAAAGCCUGCGCAAAGCUGCCCCGCCUGUACGGUGAUUUGUGGUGCCAGCCAAAGUCGCUGCGACACCUGUGGAAGUUCCCUGCUCGAGCCGCCCAGGAAGCGGCCAAAGACGGAGCAGGAGAAGGAGCCGAAGGAGCCGAAGGAGCCGAAGGAGCCGAAGCCGAAGGAGCCGAAGGAGCCGAAGGCGGGCAUCUCCAGCUUCUUCAAGAAGGCGAGAGCGCCUAGUGAGGACCCACCACUGCCACCGCCAGCAGAGCCGCCCCCAGAGGCCAACGACUUGGCCACGCCCUGCGAGAGCUUCAAGCCACAGGGCUGCUGGGCAAACGCCGGAGCAGUGCCCUACCGGCACCUGGCAGCUGCACUCGAUGCGCUUGAAGCCACGCGGAGCCGCCUCAGCAAGGAAAUCAUCCUUACCAACGCCUUCCGCGUGAUGCUGGCAAUGUCGGCGCCGGCUGGGGAGGUUGAAGCCUCCUGCUAUCUCUUUGCCCCCGCCAAAGAUGCGCAAGCCGGUGGGCACAGGCUUCGUCCAGACUGGGCGGAGGGCAAGCCCUUGAGCCUGCCGCACAAGUCCAUCACUGCAGCCUUGCUGGAAGCAACAGGGUCAUCAAAGGCAGACAUGACUCGUCUGUACCACGAGCUUCACGACAGUGGUGAGGUGGCCCUGGCUCUGCGGGAGCGAGGUGGGCGCCAGAAGCUCCUGAAAGCGCCGGCGCCGCUGACGGCGGGGGGCGUGCGCAAGGCGCUGCUGGCGCUGUCGGAGCUCAGCGGCAGCGGCGUGGAGCGCGCGAAGACGGGGCGCCUGGCCGCGCUGCUGCGGGCCGCCCAAGGCACCGAGCUCAAGUGGAUGGUGCGCACGUUCCUGCCGCACAUGGCUGUGGGGAUUUCCUUGGAAGCCUCUGUGCUGCCGGCGCUGGGUGCCGCCGUGGAGUGGCAACGAACGGGCCGACCUCGAGCAGAAAAAGUCCGCUCAUCACAGGAUGAGGUGCGUCACUGCUACGCGCUGCGCCCGGACGUGCAAGCCCUGGUGACAGCGCUGCUCGAAGGUGGUUUCGAGGCGAUGCGCGAGAGCUGCACCCUCCAGCUGGGGGUGCCGAUGCAGCCGAUGCUGGCCAAGGCGUGCAGCUCCAUCCCCGAGCUGCAGAAGCGGAUCCGCGGGGCGCUCCCAGAGAAAGCGGUAACCCUGGCGGCAGAGUUCAAGUAUGAUGGUCAGCGUGCACAGAUCCAUGUCUUGCGCAAUGGCGAUGUCAGAAUCUUCUCCAGGAAGCUUGAUGACAUGACAUACAAGUACCCAGAUGUCAUCAGCGCCUUGAAGAGAUCCUUUCGGCGCCAAGCUGGCUGCGUGCUGGAUGCGGAGAUUGUGGCAGUGGUGCCCAAGACUGCAGAGGGGGCGGAGUCCGAGAAGGUGGACAUCGCUGCCUUUCAGUCGCUGGCCACGCGGAAGCGGAAGAACGUCACGGCGAAUAACGCCGCCGUGGCGGUCAAGCUAUUUCUGUUUGACCUCCUCUUCCUGGAGGAGCCACUGAUUGGCUUGCCAUUCGUCCAACGUCGGCAGAAGCUCCGCGAGAAUUUCCAAGCUUUGGAGGACGUGGUGGCCUUUGCCGAGGUGGAAGAUCUUGAGGCAGACUGUCAGCCGGAGGUCCUUGAGGCCACGCUGCGGCGCUCCGUGGCCGCCUGCUGCGAGGGCCUGAUGGUGAAGAGACUAGAUUCCGGCUACGAGCCCUCCACCAAGCGCUCUGACUGCUGGCUGAAGCUGAAGAAGGACUACUUGGAGUCCCUGGGGGACUCGCUGGACCUCAUCCCCAUCGGCGGCUGGCGUGGCAGUGGCCGCAAGAGCCGCUGGAUCUCGCCCUGGCUGGUGGCCACGUACGACCCAGAUGAGGGAACGCUGGGCAGCGUUUGCCGCGUCAUGUCCGGCUUCAGCGACAAGUUCUACAAGGAGAACACCAUCAAGUACCUGGGCCGCGAGAUACGCAAAGGGCCAGAGGCGGAGAAGGUGGAGGAGAAGGAGGAGGAUGUGGAAGGCGACAAGUCUGCCAGCGAGGAGCCAGUAGAGGAGGAUUUGGAAGAGGAGGUGUUGGAGCCAGAGAGUUCCGGGCUGCUGCUGAAGCGGCCCGCGCCCGGCGUUGACACUGCGGAGCAACCGCCCUUCUGGUUCCAACCGACGGAGGUUUGGGAGAUCCGUGGCGCAGACAUCACCAUCUCGCCGAAGCACAUGGCGGCCAAAGGCCUCGUCGACCCCAAGAAGGGCCUCUCGCUGCGGUUCCCGCGAUUCAUGCGGAAGCGCGAGGACAAGGGCCUCCACCAAGCCACCACGCCAACGCAGCUCGCGGAGCUUUUCCGAAAGCAGGGGCAGCACCGUUGACCAUGUGAAGCACUGGCAUAUCCUCCUGUGCUUUGAGUUGGAGUUGGAGCUGAGCUGGAAUCAGCGCCCAUGUGCUGAUUCUUCACAGCGUUUGUGCAGCGUGCGCUGGAGAAACAAUCCGUCGGCUUAGGAAGCCGGUGCUGUCGCUAGCUUGAGCA